UUCAGAUUGUUCAUUGAGAUCUGAUUUUUUUUAUGACAGGUCAUUGCCUUUUAACGUUACGUCACACGUCACUAUAGGUAGGUGAUAAUUAGACCAAGCGAGUCUUGUUUUCAAGCUCUCACCAUCAGCGACAGUGAGAGUGGAGCCAUGGGCAAGUCCGAGCAGGUAGGUAUAUUGAUUUCUGCAUUAUUACUGGUUGUCUCGUCACCGGACCCUUUGGAGCGACUCAAGAGGCAACUUCUCUACAAAAGUGGCACGGAAGUGGAGUUGAACUUCGUGCUGACCAUUCCGUUGAACGACCCGGCCUACAGCAUCUCGUUGGGCCUUUUCCUGGAGGCCAACUACGACCUUCCGCCGUACAACUCGCAGGCCAUUUUCACGCAGCCAUGGCAGCAACUUUAUGAAAUAGCCUCGAAAAACAGGCGAUCAUCGAGGGCAGCCAUUUAUAGGGCGGUAGAGGGUCUUUUUGAAAGGGUCGGCCGCAUGCCUGGAAGGGCGUGUCUCCUUCGCAGCAUUUGCGAGGCGGCCGCGUGGCCCGUGGACCACGACGGCCUCGUCGGCGAACUCAUGCACACGAUCCUGACACCAUCCAGCACGAGAGAAAACGGUCCCCUGCACGCGGAUUACUUGGCGGCCGAGCAUUUGGGCCGAGCAGGCAGUGUGUGCGGCCAAUACUUCGCCAGUUGUCCUUCCACGCCGCUUGAAAAGGUUUCCACACUGAUGUCAUCCCCUCUGCCGGAAAUUAUUGAUUACUUCUAAAAACAAUUAUUUAAACAAAAAUAAAAACAGAAAAAUAUAAAUUUUGUUUCCUUCUAAAAUAAGAUUGUAAUAUUAUGAUCCUGUUUUAUUUUUGACGUAAAGUUUCCGUGGACACUCAUUUCUCUAAAGCAAAAUAAAUAACGUGAAGAUUUUGAUAGAGAUUGAUGAAA